UUCCGCUGCCUCGGGCUAGCUAUGCACUCUUCCCCCCCGUCCUGUGUGAAGUAGACCCGCACUAUCUGAACUCUAUCGUGUCCAGACCACCGACUAGUGCUGAAGUUGGUAUCUAAACACGGUUCUGCCCUGAGACCCAGAGGCUGCGUGUAAGAGAGGUCCACGAUGUCUGAACUUUUUAUGGAGUGUGUCGAGGAAGAGCUGGAGCCGUGGCAGAAACAAGCUCCUGAAGUUCAUUUGAUAGAUGAUGAUGAUGAUGACGAUGAACCCAUCUUCGUAGGAGUGCUCUCUAAUAACCAGAAAGAUGCCAAGCCUAAACCUUCACCUCCUCAGAGUGCAGAGAAACAAGACAUAAAGCGUCCUGCUCCCAAGUCUGCCAUUGGUGCCUCACCAAUAAUGCUGCCCUUGAGUGUGGCUGGAAAUGCAGUGAAUACUGUGGUACCCAAUCUGACAACAGUGACCCCCCAGCCUGUUAUUGUCAAUAACCAGGGCUUCAUAGUCGCUUCUCCGCAAUUGGCAAACAGCAGUGAGUUUAUUGCCUCUCUUGGGAGCCAGUACCCUCCUGGGACUUCAUUUACAAUUGUACCAGCUGGUCAACAGCAGCUUUUUCAGCAGGUCUCCCCAACCACGGUAAUACCUGGUGUUGUCCACCGGCCUCAGGUGCAACAAAUCAGCAACAACGUUGUGACGUUGUCUAACGUCCAAAGUCCUGCUGUGUAUUCAGCACAAUCUCACCAGCUGCAGCUCAACCGUUCCAAUCCACAACCUCUUCAGACCUUCUCUGUGCCUGCAAAGGCCAAUAACAAUAACAAAGAUCCAGUCCUAGUCAAACGAGGAUUACCACCACAGCCAGUAGACAACGCAGCAAAAAGAGCCAAGCUUGAUAUAGUGCCAACAAAAUUAAUUCUCCCUUUGGAUAAUGGGUAUAUGAAGAAAAAGUGCCCAAAGUGUCAAGAAGAAUUCCUUACACAGGAGGCCCUGAAAUUUCAUGUUGUGAGCUGCUGCGCAGUCGUGGAAUGUACAUCUCCAUCAGCCCUGAACGCUGCAAACAAGCGCAUCAUGCUGGUCUCAGAUUUCUACUACGGCCGGUUUAUGGGAGAUGGGAUGAAGAAGGAACAGAAGACCAACACCACGUUCAAGUGCCAGAGCUGUUUAAAAGUUCUCAAGAACAAUAUCAGGUUCAUGAACCAUAUGAAGCACCACCUGGAGCUUGAAAAGCAGAACAGCGAGAGCUGGGAAAGCCACACAACUUGCCAGCAUUGCUACCGACAGUACCUGACUCCGUUCCAGCUGCAGUGCCACAUCGAGAGCGCCCACAGCCCGAUCGAAUCCUCAACCAACUGCAAGAUAUGUGAGCUGGCGUUUGAGUCGGAGCAAGUUCUUCUGGAACACAUGAAGGACAAUCAUAAGCCCGGGGAAAUGCCCUACGUCUGCCAGGUCUGCAACUACCGGUCCUCCUUCUUCUCAGAUGUGGAGACACAUUUCCGAAGUGUCCAUGAAAACACGAAAGACCUGCUCUGUCCCUUCUGUCUCAAAGUUCUCAGAAGUAGUCAUAUGUACAUGCAACACUACAUGAAACAUCAGAAAAAAGGGAUCCAUCGCUGUGGAAAAUGCCGACUGAACUUUCUCACCUACAAGGAGAAACUGGAGCACAAGACUCACGUCCACAAGACUUUCAGAAAGCCUCAAGCCCUGGAAGGCCUUCCUCCAGGAACAAAGGUGACCAUUCGAGCAUCCCUCACGGGAAAGACACCCUCAUUGCCGACCUCCCCUGAUCGUCCGAGCUUUACUGUCACUCCAGAAAGUUUCAACCAGCAAACCAAACCUCCAGUCAGUGCGUCCAAGUCUAAGUCAAACUACUCUGCAGCAGGAAAAGCCAAGGCGACUCAGAGCAGCAAGAAGCAGAAUUGCCGGACCAGCAAGCACAACCUGGCACUCAGGAAUCUCAGGGUCAACGGAGGGCGGUACACGUGCAUCGAGUGCAACGGACAAGUUGACGACUUCUUUUCUCAUUUCCCAAUGGCUUCAAAUUGUGGUGCGUGCAGAUAUCGGACAAGUUGCAAAGUCUCCAUUGGUAACCACAUGAUCAAGUUUCAUAGCACCAUAACCAAAAACAGAUUUUUGAAAAUGGAUUACAAGAGGAAUUCAUCUGCAUUAAAACUGACGCUGGUCUGUCUCAACUGUGACCUCCUUGUGGAUGCAUCAGGCGGUGACCUGAUGACCAAACACUUAACUGAUAGACCCCAUCACAUAUGCAAAGUCAUUCAGGAGAGAGAUAUCAAAGCCAAAGAUCGAUUAAAAAACUCUAAAAGAAAAGGGGUUGGUUUCACAGUGGCGCCCCCUGUCCAUGCAUUAACCAGUUGGGCCCCAUCUACAUCCUUACCUAUGAGUCUCCUCUCCAGGCAGCCAGCAAAAGUCAUGUUUGUCUUGACACCACCGUCCGAUCAAAAACCAAAGGAAAUGGACUUAAAACCAGCUGAAAGCAUCACAUCUGAAAGCGUCAUCUCUGAAAGCGUCAUCUCUGAAAGCGUCAUCUCUGAAAGCGCCAUCUCUGAAAGCGUCAUAUCUGAAAGCGCCAUAUCUGAAAGUGUUACUCCCGCCGCCAUUGAGCCACCAGAACCAGAGCCGAUGUUGCCAGCAGAUGAUAAGGAAAAGGAAAAGGAAUCCGCAGAGAUGAGUGUCAGUGAAGGUACCUCUGAAGGAGAAAAGCAGGCGUCACUUCCCGCUUUGUCAUCUUCCUGUACAUCAGAGGACGUUUUAGACCCCUGUGAAGAGUCAGCGGGUAACUCAGAGAGCGCAGUUGUCAAAGAGGAGCUCCCUGAACCCGAGGCUGAGGAACAACAAACUAAAACAGAAUGAACCUGUACAUUGACUGAACAAUGCAUAUGACACAUGAGAAGACUGCUCAGUUAUAGAUUUAAGAACUGCUUCAUCUGUCAUACCUCAGCAUUGUUUCUUUGUCUGUUUGUUAAAAACCAUGAAAAAUAUUUUAUCAGAUUUUUUUUUUUUACUCUUCUGUCGAACUUUAUUGCCUGAAUAGAUUAAAAGUAUCUUUGUAUUUAUGAACAAAAAUACGUCACCUAAAGUCGUCAUAGCUGCCCUAUAACCUAUAUAGUGAAAGAAUUUGCAUAGUCGUACUUUUAAACAUCAGAAAUUAAACUUAAAUGACCGUGGCUCAUUUUAUAUUUCUUAAAGAUUUCACAAAGUGGUUGAUGUUGUCUGUAAGGAAACUCCUUCUGCCAUAAAGAGGACAGUUUUUGGCUUCCUGAUUGGCGAUGUCAGCUCAGAUCAUGUUUGAUUUGCUUAACUGAGAAAGAUGAACCUGUUUUUGAAUUUAAAAAAUCAACACGGUGGCACAGCAAAUAAAUGCUCAUGUUCUGUGGUGAUUUAUUGAUGCAGUUUAAAGGGUAACUUCAGUGCUUUAACCUGGACCCUGUUUUAUCAGAUCUUUGUGUACAAGUGACUAAUGGAGACAACAGCUUCUGGUCCAGUAUUUAGCGAGAGUGUUGCAGCUAGCAGCGCCGAAACAGGCUGCAGUGUAACCACUCGGGUCGCUUGGCACAGUCAAUUUACAUCCACUAAAGGUGGUUGUUUCUGCCACUUACAUGCUCAGAUUAUUAUUUUAAAUGUCUGAUAAUAUCAUGUAAAGAAUCCUACAGAGAUAGACAUUUUUGUUAAAGAAUAAGAUCAUUUUUGUUCAUCCAGAAACAGCCCCAAAUCCCUAUCAGCAAACUCCCCAGACUCAAUUUAAAUAAACAGUAAUUUAGUGUGUGUAGAGCCGGCAUAUUUUCACAUCUAACUCAGUUAAUUUGGGGUUUAUUUAAACCAAACCAGAGCUGGUGAUUGUUGGAAUAGUGGAAAUCCAACCCAAGAUGGUUUUUAUGAAUUUUAUUUUGUUUUUGUCAAUUUUGAAUGAAGUGUGUUGUACAAUGAUAAAAUGACUGUUUAUGUAAAUGGAGUCUGGUGGGUGCUGGUGAUAGCGAUAUUGGGGCUGUUUCUAGUUAAAGAAAAAGGAUGGAGCAAGGGCCCGUUGAUGUUACAUUGCAGCUUAUUUUCAGCGGUCUAGCUCAAUCCUGGACCUGUUUCAUUGGAAAAGAGGGGUCCAGGUUGAAAGAUGACGAAGUUACUGUUUAAAUUCUCUUUGCAGUCCGCUUAAAAGUCAAAAUACAAAAACACACUUCCUACUUCCAUCAGAUUAAAUUCACACUGGUAUCUUGAUUUAAGAUGUUUUUAAGUCAUCAUCAGGUCCUCGGUUUUUACCUUCCCUUAAUCUGUGGUUUGCUGUCAUUCUAUAACCUUUAAAUUAUGUUUCAUAUGCUCUGUUAUAUUGGAUUGAGGUUGCUAUAGCAACAACAUAUAUUAUCACUGAGAUGUUUACGUUGCUAGCAGAAAAUUCCUGGUUUGUGGCAGAAAUAAUGAUCCAUAAUUAAUGUGGUGCAGGUACAUUAUAUUCUUACCAGCUGCCUUUGAACAUCCCAGAGUAACGUGUAUCUCAACACUCAGAAAGUUCCUCUGAACUGUUAAGAAAUAUAUAGUGCAUGUAAAGAAAAUGCUAGCAUAAAAAAGAGAAAAAUUAAGCAGUGAUGGGAUAUUAGGUGGAAAAUAACCACAGCUAUUUGAGGAGUGAGCAAAAUAAUAUACUGUUGUACUCAAAUAGAUUUUAUUGUUUAAAUUUUGUUGUAUGUGCCAGCUUGUAAAAGAAAUGUAUAUGGUUCUGGUGGAGGUACUCAGCACGACAUGAUAAAAUAACUUGAUGAAUCUGUCCAUCGUUUUUUACAUCCCAGCUGCAGGUUGAUAAAGUUGCCUUUUAUUUUGCAUAUAUGGUUUGGAAAAAAAAAAAAAAAAGGCUAAUUCCCUGUAGCUCUGUGAAUAUUUUAUACUGUAUGAUUUGUUUACUUUGUGUGACUUAAUAUCUCAAAAGUCAUUUUUUUUUUUCUUUUUUUUUUAAAAAAAGGGUUUUCACUUGUAUAUACAGUAUCUGUAGAGCAAGUCUGUAAAUGCACCUAUGUCUGUGAUGGCACCGUACAUGUAACCCCGAGUCUGUUUUGAAUACAUUCCUCUUCAGAUAUUGUGCUGUCCUUCGGACACAUUUUCCUCAGAGAUCUAUAAACUGGGUUUGGGUCAGUGUUUUCCUGUAGUUUGUUAUGUAAAUAAAUCUUUAAUACAAGAGGUUUGAGUCUUUGGGUG